AUGUAUAACUUGCCACCUUUGUUGGUAAUGAACAAGAAGUUCACUAUGCCUACACUAUUGAUAUCAGGCCAUUCAAAGCUUGGUAAUGAAAUUGAUGUGUACUUAGCCCCUCUAGUUGAUAAUAUGAGUCAAUUGUGGUAUGAGGGUGUUCUUGCAUAUGAUUCCUUUAGGAAAGAAGAAUUCAAUCUUAAGGCCAUAUUACCGUGGACAACUAAUGAUUUUCCAACAUUUGGAAAUAUUUCUAGAUACAGUGUGAAAGGGUACAAAACAUAUCCUAUUGGUUUUGUCAAAAAUAGAAGUAGGCCUGAGGGUUGUAUUGUUGAAUCAUACAUCAUUAAAGAGAUGAUUAAAAUCUGCUCAAACUACUUGUCAGAGGUUACCACCAUUGGCUCUCGCCCUACUCGAGUCGAUAGUGAAAUAAGUAGAGGGAGUAAGGGUGCUUCUCUUUGUGGUGUAAGCCGAGUUGAUCGUGAAGAAGCACACCAACUUGUGUUGAGUGAUAAUGGGGUUAAAGAUAAUGAAUUUGGAUUCAAGUUAGUGGACUUGAAUCGAAUUGGACACAAGUCUAAUACAUUAUCCAUCAUGGGACCAGGUGGGGAUGAUGAGUGGAGUGCUUGGUUAGAUUAUAAUGAUGAUGAUGAUCCAUCCGUGCUAGGAGGAUCUAGUGUUGAUCCUGAACAACCAUCCAUGGAAGAAGAAUGUAGUGUUGAAAACUUUCGUAAGCAAGUGGAAGAUGGAGUUGUGCAUGUCGAGGGUAAGAGGGACGUGUUGGCCAUGGCACUAGGGAUAGAGGAGCAUGGUGGUCGGGUUCGAGCUAUGGGUAUCAGCAUUACCCAGAUCAAAUAUUUUAGUACACCAUGCCCUAAAAGGAAAAACACGGAUGGGUCAAACCAGCCAUCAUUAAAUUUGGAGAGAGGCAUUCAGGAGAUUCAGAAAAGCAACAAAAAGCUACAGAAGAAAAUGGAUGAGCUCAUUCGUCUAGUUAGUUCUCAGCAUAGUAGCAUUACAGGCACAUCCCAUGCGUCUGGUUCUUCUAUUGGAGGAGCAUCGAAUGAACAAGCCCAUGCUGACAUUGCCUCUGAUCCUAUAGAAAAACAAUCGAUUCCUACCAAUGUCUCUACUCCACUAGCUGCCAAUGUCUCUACUCUAUCACCAUCACAUUUCAAAAAGGUUUCUGCUCCAGCAGCAACACCUCCACCUACUAGUAAUAAUUUAGAAGAGACCUUACUGUGUUGGAUGCACUGUCAGUUGGAGACUAGUGGGAUGGUACCAAAGGUUGCUUUGGGGCACAUUGUGAAGGAGAAAUGUUUGAAAGAUGGAAAGUUCUUGAUUCACAAUGAUGAAUACCUAUACAAAGAUUAUCGUCGGGUGGUUGAAGUCGUCCAUAAUCCAAUUCGGGUUGCUUAUGAUCUAUUUCGGGUCAAAGAUGACUCCAUUUGGCUUGUUAAAAACAAUACUCAUGAAUUGUGCACCAUGAAUUACUUUAGAGCCCAAUCGAUAGGAGUUUGGAUAAUAAUUAACUGGAUGCUUAUACUCAUCCAACCAAGUACGCCGAUGGUGGUGUACUUGGAUUCAGGCAAUGACGACGUACCAGAUGAUUUAAAAUUCAUCAUUUUCCCGCAACGGGAUGCCCCUGUUGAGCCUCCCCUGCAACCGCCUGUUGCGGUUCCUGCAGCCCCUGCGGUGCCAGCUGAGCAACAUGUUGCUGGUAACCGCAUGGAGCCUUUAUAUGAGAGGUUCAGAAAGCAAGCGCCUCCAGUAUUUCUGGGAGGCCCUGAUGUUCUUAAGGCUGAGCAGUGGUUGACUGUUAUCGAAAGAAUACUGAAUUUUAUGGGAGUAGCUGGAAAUGAUAGGGUGGCAUGUGCCACGUUCCAAUUUCAGGAGGAUGCCCUGAUUUGGUGGGAAAUGGUAUCCCUCACCAGGGAUGUGACCAGAAUGACCUGGGAAGAGUUCCGGGAAUUGUUCAACGCCAAAUAUUACAAUGAGGCGGUCCGCAGUGCAAAGCGGAAGGAAUUUGUUGAGUUGGUACAAGGUGAGGGUAUGACAGUAACCGAGUAUACCACCAAGUUUGAUCGCUUGGCUAAGUUAGCCUCCGGAAUUGUACCAACAGACUUCAGUAAGAAAGAAAAGUAUUUGGCUGGGCUGAAUGCCAAAAUCAGACAUGACCUGGUUAUUACAACGAGUGAUACAACGACUUAUGCAGAAAUGGUUGAUAAGGCUCUUCGAGCAGAAGGGGCAGUUAAAUUUUUACAAGAAACCCGAGAGUCUUCUGGUGUUGGUGGGAUUACUACUCUCCCUAUGUCGGGUCCUGAAAAAGAGAGUGGGGGUUCUACCCUUGAACAGAGGAAAAGAACUUUUCCAUCUUCGGGAAGUUCAGGGCAAGGAAAAAGGAAAGACUGUCCUCAGUUGAGGCAAGAGGAACCGAAGCCCGAGGUCAAACCUGCACCUGCACCUGCUCGUGUCUUUGCUAUAACUCAGGCAGAUGCUGCUGCCAGUCCUUCAGUAGUUACAGGUCAGCUUCUAAUCAAUGGUUUUGCUUAUACUGUUUUAUUUGAUUCGGGUGCUACUCGGUCUUAUGUGUCAUCAAGACUUCUUGAUCAGUUUGAUAGACCUAGUGAUAUUCUCGAGACGGGGUUUGGAACCCUGUUGCCUAAUGGGGAAUUAAUUAUUUCAAGAAAGUGGAUUAGGUCAGUAAUAGUUAGAAUUGAAGAUAGAGAAUUGAGUGCUGAUCUCGUGGAGUUGCCAUUGGCCGAAUUUGACAUUAUACUUGGUAUGGACUUUUUGUCUAAAUACUCUGCUAGUAUUGAUUGUAAACGGAAAAUGGUGACUUUUGAACCGGAAAAUGAGGAACCUUUUGUUUUUGUUGGUUCAGUCCAAGGUUCUCGUGUCCCAAGAAUCUCAGCGUUGAAAGCUAGGGAUUUAUUACGAGAUGGGUGUGUUGGUUUUCUGGCAGUGGUAGUGGAUUCCAGUAAACCUGUGUUACUUGGACCAGAAGAAGUUAAAGUGGUUAAGGAAUUCCUGGAUGUAUUUCCAGAGGAAUUGCCGGGAUUACCACCUCAGCGGGAGAUAGAUUUCAUCAUUGAUUUAAUUCCUGGAGCAGAGCCUGUUUCAAAGGCACCCUACCGAAUGGCACCUGCUGAAUUAAAAGAACUAAAGAUACAACUCCAAGGGAUGUUGGAUCUUGAUUAUCGGGAGCUGAAUAAGUUAACCAUUAAGAAUAAAUAUCCUCUGCCCAGAAUUGACGAUUUGUUUGACCAACUUCAGGGCAAGACAGUAUUCUCAAAGAUUGACUUGAGGUCUGGAUAUCAUCAAUUGAGAAUUCGAGAAGAGGAUAUCCCGAAGACAGCUUUCCGGACCAGGUAUGGUCACUAUGAAUUCCUGGUUAUGUCUUUUGGGUUAACAAAUGCACCGGCAGCUUUUAUGGAUCUCAUGAAUAGGGUAUUCAAGAAAUUCCUCGAUAAUUUUGUAAUUGUAUUUAUCGAUGAUAUUCUUGUGUACUCUCGGUCAGAAGCAGAGCAUGAGCAACAUCUUCGAAUGGUUCUGCAGCGGCUUAGAGAUCAUAAACUCUAUGCAAAGUUCAAAAAGUGUGAGUUUUGGCUGUCACAAGUGUCUUUUCUGGGGCAUAUUGUUGGAAAAGACGGAAUUAUGGUUGAUCCAGGGAAGAUUGAAGCGGUGAAGAAUUGGCCUAGACCUAAAACAGUCACUGAGAUUCGAAGUUUUCUCGGAUUAGCGGGUUAUUAUCGGCGUUUUGUGGAAGGAUUUUCCAAAAUUGCGACGCCGUUAUCCGAGCUAACUAGGAAAAAUCAGCGAUUUGUAUGGUCAGAUAAAUGUGAAAAGAGUUUUCAAGAGCUGAAGCAACGAUUGAUUACAGCUCCUAUCCUGGCCUUGCCAUCUGAUCAAGAAAAGUUUGUAGUAUAUUGUGACGCUUCUAGGCAGGGUUUAGGCUAUUAUGAGCAGCGUUACCCAACUCACGACCUAGAACUUGCAGCAGUGGUGUUCGCCUUGAAAAUUUGGCGACAUUACUUGUAUGGUGAAAGGUGUGAGAUCUAUACUGACCACAAGAGUCUCAAGUAUUUCUUCACUCAGAAGGAUUUGAAUAUGAGACAGAGAAGGUGGUUAGAAUUGGUAAAAGACUAUGAUUGUGAAAUCCUGUAUCAUCCUGGAAAGGCAAAUGUUGUAGCUGAUGCUUUAAGCAGAAAAGGACCUGAUCAGAUAUCUAACAUGGUUAUGAUUUCCUCUCAGCUAGCUUCGGAAAUGACAAAAGCAAACAUUGAGUUGGUGACUGAGAAAUUAUUUAAUCUGACACUUCAGUCAGAUUUGUUGGAAAGAAUCAGAAUGGCUCAGUUAGAAGAUUCAGAAUUGACUAAGAUUCGAGAAGAUGUCUUAGCAGGCAAAGCUAAGGACUUCUCCAUUUCUGACAAUGGAAUGCUGUUGUUUAAAGCACGGGUGUGUGUCCCUGAUUUCAGUGAGCUUAAAAAGGAAAUUUUAGAAGAAGCUCAUACUACCCCUUACUCAUUACAUCCAGGAACCACCAAAAUGUAUCAAGAUUUAAAGCCCUAUUUCUGGUGGUAUGGGAUGAAAAGGGAUGUAGUGGACUAUGUCACUAAAUGCUUAACCUGUCAACAAAUUAAAGCUGAGCAUCAACGACCGGCGGGGUUACUUCAGCCAUUAACACUUCCGGAAUGGAAGUGGGAAGACAUUGCGAUGGACUUUGUGGUUGGCUUGCCUAGAACCACAGGAAUGUACGACUCAGUUUGGGUUGUGGUGGAUCGUUUUACAAAGUCAGCACAUUUCUUACCUGUUAAGGUAACCUAUUCAGUGGAUCGGUAUGCUGAUUUGUAUGUGAAAGAAAUUCUCCGUCUUCAUGGAGUACCGAAGUCAAUCGUUUCAGAUAGGGAUCCUAAAUUUACCUCAAAGUUUUGGGUGAGUUUGCAAAAGGCUAUGGGAACUAAUUUGAAAUUCAGCACAGCCUUUCAUCCUCAAACAGAUGGGCAAUCUGAACGAACCAUCCAAAUACUCGAAGACCUGUUACGAGCUUGUGUCAUGGAUUUUGGAGGGUCAUGGAGUAAGUAUUUGCCUCUGAUUGAAUUCUCCUAUAAUAAUAGCUAUCAAAGUACCAUAGGAAUGGCUCCCUAUGAGCUGCUCUAUGGAAGAAAGUGUCGUUCCCCAAUUCAUUGGGACGAAACAGGAGAACGGAAAUACUUGGGCCCUGAAUUAGUUCAGAAGACAAAUGAAGCAAUAGACAAGAUCAAAGCUCGAAUGCUUGCUUCUCAAAGCAGACAGAAAAGUUAUGCAGAUCCUAAGCGACGGGAUGUUACAUUCCAACCUGGUGAUCAUGUCUUUUUACGAGUAUCCCCGAUGAAAGGAAUCAGACGUUUUGGAAAGAAAGGUAAAUUAAGCCCUAGGUUUAUUGGACCUUUUGAAAUUCUGGAGAAGGUUGGACAAGUUGCUUAUCGAUUAGCCUUUCCUCCUUCCUUGUCAGCAGUGCAUAACGUGUUUCAUGAAAAAGUUUUGCGAACUAAAACUAUAUCAUUGGUUAAGGUACUCUGGAGGAAUAGUAAAGUGGAAGAAGCCACUUGGGAAUUGGAAUCCGAUAUGAGGACUCAGUACCCUGAGUUAUUCAAGUAG